AUGAUCUUUUUCUCAAACAAACCUGUUCAGGUUUUCGGGGCUCUGAUCAUCGCUCUCCUGGCCGCCGCCGUUUCCCUUCGCAGCACUAAGACCGAACGACAGCCUCCAGUCAUCGGUAAGAACAACACUGUGUUGUUUGUUACCAAUGUUGAGCAUGGGCUCUCGAACGUUCACGUUGCGACAGUCUAUUCUCUGUUAGAACGUCACCCAGAGAUCAUAGUCCAUUUUGCAUCAUGGCCCAAGAUCGAGCCCAAGAUCGACAGGAUGUCCGCCCACGCCCGCAUAAAAUCUCCGUCAUCUCGUCCCGCCAUCUUUCAUCAACUGCCCGCACCAAAGUCCUCCGACGCCUCUGGGUUCAACUUCACACCAAAUUGGAUACGCCCACCUGGGAUCCAAGGACUAAAAGGACUUAAUGAUGACAUGGCUAUGUUCGUCUCACGGUGGACGGGAGAAGACCACCUCAUGAUCCACAACCAUGUACAGAAACUCAUUAGAGAGAUCGAUCCCGCUGUCGUAGUACUCGAUAUGUUCCACCGGCCGGGGAUGGACGCGACCCGAGGCGAUAAUCGCUUGCACGCCAUCUUGUCGCCGAACGUUCUGGCCGACGUGUUCGGUGGUGCACAGCCCUGGCUCAGAGGUUUUUGGCAAUUCCCGGCCCUUGGCUCAGGCCAUGACUUCCCUGUUCCGUGGCGAGACAUUCCCUCGAAUAUCUACCAGAUGGGUAGUUUUGCAUGGGCCAUGCUAUUUAAUCCGGAGCUCGUCGAGAAGCGUAAGUUCCUAGCCAGCCACAAUCUCGAGGACCCAAUCGGCUUUUUCACCAUUCACCAGCCUGGAAACGGCGUGUUCAUCUCCCAAGACACAGCUGCUGCCUCCAUUCCGCUCAGCUCAGUUCCAGCCAACGUCACCACAACGGGUCCUAUUGUGAUUUCGGUCGCCUCGGCCGCAGAACAAGACAUUGAUUUAACGUUAUGGCUAAGGAGGGCUCCGACGGUACUUAUCAACCUUGGUAGUUUGUUUGAAUACGAUGCCGACAGAGCAAGCAGCAUGGCCGGCGCAUUAAAGGCUGUCCUGAGACGCACGAGUGUGCAGGUUCUGUGGAAGAUGAACACUUGUCUCGAUGAUAAAGAAUGGAGGCCCUUGGUGGAGGAAUUCAUUGCGAACGAUAGGCUCAGGGUAUUGAAGUGGUUGACGGUGGAUCCAGCUGCUCUACUCGAGACGGGCGAUAUCAUUGCUUCCGUCCACCAUGGCGGGGCUAAUUGCUAUCACGAAGCUCUCGCGACUGGCGUGCCGCAUCUCAUUCUGGCGACUUGGCUCGACUUGUAUAACUACGCCGCUAGGGUUGAGCAAGUCGGGAUUGGAAUAUGGGGCAACAGAAAAUCAGCCCCUGGCUUCUCUCUUGACGAGCUUAGUGAAGCCCUCUUGCGGCUCGUGGAUGGAGGGCCCGAAAGCGUCGCCAAAAGAGACAAUGCGAGGGCAAUACAGCAGACGCUUCGCCGUCCGGGCAGAGAUAUCGCCGCAGACGAAAUUGCCCGACUCGCUGCUAGAGGAAUUUGA